AUGUACACAGAGAAAGUUCUGCGCGAGAUGGGCUACAAGUUGGGAGCAACAAUCGGCGAGGGAAGCUACUCCAAAGUGAAAUUAGCCAUCUCCCAGAAACACAAUUCUGAGGUGGCCAUAAAAAUUGUGGACCGCAAAAAGGCUCCCCACGACUUCGUCCACAAGUUUCUACCCAGGGAGCUGACACUUUUGAGGGGAGUGAGACAUAACAAUAUUGUACAUGUGCACGAAUUCAUUGAGGUUUGCAACGGCCGACUAUACAUAGUGAUGGAGGCGGCAGCGACGGAUCUUCUUCAAAAAAUCCAAGAGGUCAAUUCCAUCCCCAUAGCCCAAGCCAAGACCAUGUUUUCCCAGAUUGUCAGCGCUGUGAACUAUCUCAAUCAAAACAACAUCGUCCAUCGGGACAUGAAAUGUGAGAAUGUGCUGCUGACUAGGGACAACCAAGUAAAGAUCACAGACUUUGGUUUUGGGAGGUUUGCUAAGGGCUACCCUGAGCUGAGCAGCACCUACUGUGGUUCAGCGGCCUACGCUCCACCUGAGGUACUGCUCGGAGUUCCAUACGACCCUAAGAAAUAUGAUGUGUGGAGCUUGGGUGUGAUUCUCUAUGUCAUGGUCACUGGGUGUAUGCCGUACGACGAUUCCAAUGUCAGCAAACUCCCGCGGGCUCAGCGCAAGGCCUUGGUCUACCCGGACGACGUCACCGUGGAAGAGCCAUGCCAGCAGUUAAUUGCCUAUCUGAUGCAGUUCAGCCCUUCUAACCGCCCGACAAUCCAACAGGUGGCAGAGCAGUCUUGGUUGCAAUAA